AUGGCGCGUUCACUGGCCUGGAGCUGCUGCCCCUGGUGCCUGUCGGAGGAGGAGAAGACCGCGGCCCGCAUCGAUCAGGAGAUCAGCAAGAAACUCUUGGAGCAGAAGAAGCAGGACCGUGGGGAGCUGAAACUUCUGCUCCUGGGGCCUGGCGAGAGUGGGAAGAGCACCUUCAUCAAGCAAAUGCGGAUCAUCCAUGGCGCUGGCUUCUCCGAGGAGGACCGCAAGGGCUUCCGGCCACUGGUCUACCAGAACAUCUUCGUCUCCAUGCAGGCCUUGAUUGACGCCAUGGACCGGCUGCAGAUCCCCUUCAGCAGGCCUGAGAGCAAGCACCACGCCGGCCUGGUUAUGACCCAGGACCCCUAUAAAGUGAUGGUGUUCGGGAAGCCCCACGCGGCGGCCAUGCAGUACCUGUGGCGGGACUCGGGCAUCCGGGCCUGUUACGAGCGCCGGCGAGAAUUUCACCUGCUGGACUCCGCCGUGUACUACCUGUCGCACCUGGACCGCAUCACGGAGGAGGGCUAUGUCCCCACGGCGCAGGACGUGCUGCGGAGUCGCAUGCCCACCACGGGCAUCAACGAGUACUGCUUCUCUGUACAGAAAACCAACCUGCGCAUCGUGGAUGUCGGUGGCCAGAAGUCCGAGCGUAAGAAGUGGAUUCAUUGCUUCGAGAAUGUCAUCGCCCUCAUCUACCUGGCCUCGCUCAGCGAGUAUGACCAGUGUUUGGAGGAGAACAACCAGGAGAACCGUAUGAAGGAGAGCCUGGCAUUGUUUGGCACCAUUCUGGAAUUGCCCUGGUUCAAGAAUACCUCCGUCAUCCUCUUCCUCAAUAAGACAGAUAUCCUGGAAGAAAAAAUCCCCACCUCACACCUGGCCACCUACUUCCCCAGCUUCCAAGGCCCCAAGCAGGACGCGGGGGCGGCCAUGCGCUUCAUCCUGGACAUGUACACGCGCAUGUACGCGGGCGGCCAGGGUGCGCGCUCCCGCCGCCUCUUCAGCCACUUCACGUGCGCCACGGACACGCAGAACAUCCGCACGGUGUUCAAGGACGUGCGCGACUCGGUGCUGGCGCGCUACCUGGACGAGAUCAACCUGCUGUGA